AACACGGCACGACCAAAAAAAUCCGCGGUUUUUCCGCUUUUCCACUUUAAACGGCGAUAUUUUCCAGUUUGCCGCAAUUAUGAGUUCUUCGCCGAAUUCUGAUGAAGAUAGGAAACACGACUUCAACCCUCUACAGCUCGCGAGCGGCAAAAGGAAAAGUGCCUUCCUGCCCUACAAACCGUCGAACACAGUGCUCACAAAUCUGCAACGUGGAAACACGGAAGCGAAUAUUCCCAGCGAAAUCUGCCUGAACUUUCACGAGAAAACCGGCCAAGGGGAAAUCACCGAAGAGCAAGUGCGCGCCGAACAAGCGGUCGAUAUUCCGGACUCGAACAAAUACACUCCUCUCCAUUGGGCGUGUUACUACGGUCAGCUCGCCGCUGUCGCUAUUUUAGUCAAGUGUGGGGCUGACGUAAAUCGGCAGGCAAAUGAUAUGAUAACACCCUUGCUGCUGGCCGGAGCUGGUGGUCACAAUGAAAUCGUCCGCCUGCUGCUCGACAAGGGUGCCUCCAUCAAUCAUAUGGAUAUUGUGGGAAAUACUGCUCUCAUGUAUGCUGCAGCAGGGAAUCAUCCGCACACGUGCAACGAGCUGUUGAAUGGUGGCGCAAGCUUUACCGUCACAAACGAGGAUGGGGAAUCGGCCUACUCGUUGGCGGUGAAAAAUAAUGCCAACUUAGCUCAGGCUGUACUUGAGAAUCACAUCACGGCCUUACUGAUGACAUAGAAAGUUGGAAUGCUUCUGCGGUGGAUCUCAGAUCUGGGGCGGCCAAGCAUUUGGAGCUUUGAAUAUGUGAUAGAUGGAACCAUCGGUAUACCCACCUGUGUAAUAUUGGUUUUAUAUUUUGUUAAAUUUACCUAAAAAGAGUGUUUAAAUAAACUUGUGUUAAGA